UCCCGCUGUGCGACCAUCGCGGUGUCUUUCUUUAGGAGCGCGAAGGUAGCGUUUGGCCUCCACUGGCGGCGCCUCCCCCUCCGGUGGUUCAUCAUCUGACUGCCGCUUCUUCCUCUUGAUUUUCUGUCCUUCGUCGUUGGUCUGAGAUGGUGGUGGACGGUCGGAGUGGCGACGGCAAGACGGUCUGCGUCACCGGAGCCGGGGGGUUCAUUGCUUCCUGGCUGGUGAAGCUACUUCUGGAAAGGGGCUAUAACGUCAGGGGCACCGUCCGCAAUCCAGACGACCCGAAGAACUUCCACUUGAAGAAACUGGAAGGAGCUGAGGAGAGGCUGGUGCUGAUGAGGGCCGACCUCCUCGAUUACGAAAGCCUUCUCUCCGCCAUCAAAGGAUGUCACGGAGUCUUCCACACGGCCUCCCCAGUCACCGACGAUCCGGAACAAAUGAUCGAGCCGGCCGUAAAGGGCACCAAGAACGUGAUCGAGGCGGCAGGAGAGGCCGGAGUCGAGCGCAUCGUGUUCACCUCCUCGAUCGGCACCGUUUACAUGGACCCCAACCGGAACCCGGACGCGGUUGUCGACGAGAACUGCUGGAGCGACCUCGAGUACUGCAAGAACACCAAGAACUGGUACUGUUUCGGGAAGACGGUGGCGGAGCAGACGGCGUGGCAGGUGGCGAAAGAGAAGGGGGUGGACCUGGUGGUGGUCAACCCGGUGCUGGUGGUCGGGCCGCUGCUGCAGCCCACCGUCAAUGCCAGCACCGUCCACAUCAUGAAGUACCUCACCGGAGCGGUGAAGACGUACGCCAACGCCGUGCAGGCCUACGUCCACGUCCGGGACGCCGCCCUCGCUCACAUUCUCGUCUUCGAGCACCCCUCCGCCUCCGGCCGCUACAUCUGCGCCGAGAGUAUGCUUCAUCGCGGCGACGUCGUCGCCAUCCUCUCCAAGCUCUUCCCGGAAUAUCCCCUACCCACCAGGUGCUCGGACGAAAUCAAUCCAAGGGCCAAACCCUACAAAUUCACCAACAAGCGCCUGGUGCAGUUGGGUCUCAACUUCACGCCGGUCAGGGAAUGCCUGUAUGAAACAGUCACGAGCCUGCAGGAGAGCGGCCAUCUCCCCGUUCCUCAGCCGCUCAACCAACAGAUGCCCAUCCAUUAAAGCCCUCCACAACGUCAGCACCCCGCGGAAGAGCGCAAUCUCAGAACCAGUCAACGCCUUUCUAAAUAAACCCACAUAAUCAAUCAUGGCCUCUGUGCUUUCGUCUACCUGCAGUCAAUGGAAAUAUCGCCAACAAUGGAAGAAGCACAAGGAAGCAACACAGAAGCUGCAGCUAGGCAGGAAAUAUGUCACCCGCCCACAUCUGGUUCUUGUUUAGCAAGUUGUAGCAAGAAGCUUUGGAGUUGCCAACCUGAUCAUAGUCUUUUAUUAUAUACUUGGAAGUUAGGUUUAUAGAUAAUAUAUGAAUUCAAUGAAAGAGGAUUUCCGUGAUGUGAUCCAAUAGAUGAUGAAUGAUAUUUAAAUAUUCAAAAGAGAGUACUGUCAUGUGGAUUAGGUGAAGAAGUCCUGCCAAGUCGAAGUUGAAGUUGGUGUCAUGUCCUAAUCUUUGCCUCUUUUCUUUUUUAUUUCGCCUUGUCUUGGUGUGGGUAGUUGUGCACUCCUUUGAAUAGGGAGCCAGCAGUUGGCAGUGUGAUGGGACUUUGUUGCUUCCUUUAAGAUCGACGUCUCCAAUGCUCACAAACUGCAGCUAUGUAUUACCAAUAAGAUAAUUAAAUGGUAUCUGAAUGUUAGAAUGCAUAACUAGUCCAGUAUGUUUUUUUCUUUUUCCAGCCAAGUUUAGUGCAAAGAAAAUUACUGAACUUCGUAAUGUUUUUUCGUGAUUUGCAUCUCAAGAACAAAAGCCUUAUGCUA